CUGUCGAGAAUCGAUUACAGUAUCCACUGUACUGUUUACAAAUUGUUAUGAAAAACUAACCGAUUGACCAUUGUUUUCUGACAUUAAUAAAAUCGGCGUGGAUGUACGCGGUUACGCGCGCGUUAAUGCGUCUCGAUCCCGAUCGAGGAGCGAAAUAAAUCAAGUAUAGUCUUGCUCGCGGUUAUCUCGGAUCUUCGAGUUAUGGAAAUAACCUGCCGACGACGUGAUGAUAACGGUUGUUCGGUCGACGCGCGCACUGACGGAACACCUUGUGACCCCGACUCUGGUUUGGAUUUUCGCGCUAGAUCGCUGGUGCUGAGACCGUCCUGCGAAAGUGUCGGAGAACCUGCAAUGUUUCACGCGUCGUAGACGAUCGCAACAUGUUCGUGACGAACCUAGAGAAGGAUUUUUACGGUGUGAUACAAAAAAGCAGAUGUUUACUUCUGGUGAAUUUUGACAUUGAUGCGAUCUGUGCCUGUAGAAUAUUACAACAACUUUUUAAAAAUGAUCACAUAAUAUAUACUCUUGUACCUGUCCGAGGUAUUCAGGAUAUGAUAAAUGCCUUUGAUGAAAAUUGUGAAGAGAUAAAAAAUGUUGUAAUGAUAAACUGUGGUGGUACACUAGAUUUAGUGGAAUUACUUCGACCAGAUGAAUCUAUAGUAUUUUUUAUUCUCGACAGUCAUAGGCCUUACGAUUUAUGCAAUAUAUAUUCAGAAAGUCAAAUAUGUGUUCUUGGUAAACCUGAUGAAGAUGAUGAAAUUCCAGAAUAUAAUGAUAUAUUCCGAGAUGAUAGCUCAGAUGAGGAGGAUGUGAAUGAAGAAUCAGACAAUGAAAAUGAAAGUAAGCAAAGUAAAAGACGAAGAUUGAAUGAAGAAGAUAUUUUAAGACGAAGCGAACGAAGGAAAUGGGUUGAAAAUAGGGCGACAAUUCUUUUUAAUUAUUUGCAAUACAGUUAUUAUGGCAAAUCAAGUGCGAUAGUGGUAUUUGAGAUGGCUUGGAAUAUGUCAAAAGAUAAUUUAGAUAUGGCAUGGUGGGCCAUAGUUGGUUCAACAGAACAAUCCAUUCUUAGUAAGGUAGAAUCACGAAUAGCCGUUCUCGAAGAAGGUAAUCUUCAAGCCCAUGUUUCGAGGUUAACACACAGACAAGGUGUUGAUAUUGAUAAGCAACAACAACAGCACAGUAUUGUUAAAGUUACUUAUGACAAAGAUUUGCAACUAGCUUUAUAUCGUCAUUGGACUGUUGAAGCUAGCUUAAAAUAUUCAAUGUCAACUGCAGUGUCGUUACGUCUUUGGUCCAUUAGAGGCGAACAACGUUUGAAGGAAGUUUUAGCAGAAAUGGGUUUACCUCUAGUGCAAUCCAGACAAUUGUUUCGUGCAAUGGAUCUUACUUUUAGACAAGAAUUUAGGCAAAUGGUUGAAAAAUUAGCAGGGAAAUAUAAUGUCAAUAGCAUUAUUGGCACUAGUUUUACUCUUCAAUAUGGUUAUCGUUUUAAAUAUUGUGCUUCAGACAUGGUGUAUGCUAUGUUGGGUUUACUGGAUUCUACAACAAAGGAUAGACAACCACAGCGUUGCUUCUUAGAUGCGCUGGACUGUUUAUCGCGUACAAAAAAAGAUAUUUUAGAAAGCGGCAUAGAAAGAGCAAAGCUUAUGCUUCACAAUAUUUUUAAAACUGCGCAGAGUAUACUGGAAGCUAAGCAAGUAAAAAAUUUUGGUUCCUUUUUGUAUCUGAAUGUGCCAGAUGGGAAUAUAGACACUUAUUUAUUUGCACAUUCUCAUUCUUUAAUUAUGCUAGCUCAAUUUGCCCUCAAGGCGUAUGUAAAUUCUUCGAGAAACAGGCGUGCCUCUGAGUGGCCUCUUGUGGCCUCUGCAAUGUUUAGCGCGGAGGAAGGAUCAUGUCUUCUUGUUGGUAUACCACCAGUUUGCGAAGAUCAACCCAGGAGUUUAUUUGGAAAAGCAUUCGAGCAAGCUGCAAAAAAUAAAAAUUGUUACAUUGAAGCAGACUACUUUGAUAGUACAAUAAUAAGACUGAAAAUCGAGGAAAGACCCAAGUUUCUUGAUGCUCUGGCAGCACUCCUUGCAUAAUCAUUCUCAUUAUAUAUAAUCAUUAGAGACAAAUAUUACGGCAAUCACAUUAAUCAAAUUUUUAACUAACACGACUUAAAAUAAUUCAAUGCACUUUAUUAUUCAUGAC